AUGGAAAUGCAGGCGAGCACAGCGGACUUGAGCUCCGAUGCCAAGAUGGUAGAGACGUACCAUGAAGACGCAGUGCACGACGCACAAUUCGAUUUUUACGGCAGUAAGCUUGCCACAUGCUCAUCGGACCGCACGAUCCGGGUAUUUGAUGUGCAGAAAGGCGAGGCAGUGGGUGCGGGUGAAACGCUUGUGGGCCAUGAAGGUCCAGUUUGGCAGGUGGCCUGGGCGCAUCCCUCGUUUGGCACAAUUCUGGCGAGUGCGUCAUACGAUGGCAAAGUGUUUAUUUGGAAGAAUGAGCCUGCCAAUGGCUCUUAUGGCUCGGGUGGAUGGGCGCGUAUUAAGGACCAUGCAUUGCAUACCGCGUCGGUGAACGCCAUCGCGUGGGCACCGCAUGAGCUGGGCGCUACACUCGCCUGUGCUUCGUCAGACGGACGCGUAUCUGUUCUCACAUUUAAUGAAGACGGUUCGUGGUCUGUCGAUUUGGUGGCUGCACAUCCAGGCGGCUGUCACGCCGUAUCAUGGAUGCCGGUUUCGACUGCAACCACGGAACCAGGUGCACCCAUGAUGUGUCGCCUGGCCACGGCUGGAUGUGACGCUGUCGUGAAGAUCUGGGAAUUCAGUGAAGAGCACAACCGCUACGUGGAAAUUGAUCAGCUGAAGCAACACCGCGACUGGGUUCGUGAUGUGGCAUUUGCGCCGAGCUUGGGUCUUGCGCGGACGUAUCUUGCAACGGCAUCGCAAGACCGCACGGUGCUCAUUUGGACACAGGACACGCCCAAUGAUCCGUGGAAGUGCACACCCCUGUUGCCUGGCGCCAAACCAGAAGACCGCACCAAGUUUGCUGACACUGUGUGGCGCGUCAGUUGGAGCGUCAGCGGCAAUGUGCUGGCUGUCAGCUGUGGCGAUGGAAAAGUGUCGCUAUGGAAGGAGAAUCUCAAGGGUGAUUGGGAAUGCAUCAGCGAUUUGGAUGCAUAA